UUCUGUUCCCAUGGAGAUGCGUCAUCACGCUUAAACGACCUUCAUUCUGCUAGAACGAGUUUUUCGCGGUACUAACUAGCGAAUUAUGGAUCGUUUGUUUUGAAUCUUAAAAUUAAAUAUUGUAAUAACAUCUAUUUUAAUUUAAAAUGGUUUAAAGUAAAUUUAAAAUGAAAGUAGGUCAGUAAGUAAUGUGAGGGUAAAAUAUGGCAUCGUUUAGAGACAGAAGGAUUAAAGGCGCUUCUCAAACAACAAACAUGCGAGAGGAGAUUUCAGUUAAAAAAGAGUUUCACGUCCCACCUUUGAGUGCCACAAUGAAAGAGAGCAAAAAGAAGAGGAAAGACACAACAAAGGAGAAAAAGAAAUCGAGGAAUGGUAUUAACCAACCAAGGGAUUCAGAGAAACUCCAGACAGAGCAGUGGACCAACGGAGAGAUGAGUGAUGCUCAGAGCAAAGGUCAGGCGAAAGCCAAAGAACGAAAAAGCAGCAAAUCCAAAAAUCCCAAGGGUGUGUCAGAAGUGGUUCCAACAGAGGAGGACAAAUCUGAUUUGACUCACAUUGAACAGGACAGCUUGAGGUGGGAAGGAGCUCUGGAAGACCCCAGUGCAGAGGCUCAGCGGUUGGAGGUCUACAGAGCCAAUCGCCGUAAACGUUAUAUGGCAUCAAGACAGGCUUUUCUACAAAACACUCAAACAGGUUUAAGCAUAGACUCAAACUCUUCAAAACUAAAUAUAAGAAACAAGCCUGGAGUUUUAGCAUGAAGAAAUUAUAAUGCAUGAAGCCUUAUAAUCAGUCUAUUAGAUAUGAACAGAUUGUGUUUAAAAGCUGAUUACGGUGAUAUUAACAUAACUGCAGUGAGAAAAUUCUUUAGACCUGAAUGUGCUAUAUAAUUUCUCUUGUAUGUGGAUACUCUCACAUGGAGGGAAUUUAGGAGGAAUUUGCCUUUUGUUCGUUUACAAUGGUAUAGUUCAAGUGCUGUUCUUUGGAAUGUUCUAUUCAUCACAGCAUUUAAAAAAGAACACUUUCUAGAUCAAUAUAACUGUUUUAAACAUUAUUUAAAAAUAAAUUAAUAUUAAAGGCACAAUAUGUAAGUUUUCACCUCUAGAGGGCGCAUAUUCAAAACAAACAAAAAACCAAAGGCGUAACAUGGGAGUUGUAGUCUUUAUCCCCACAGCCGAUGCAAUCCGUCGGGACUCAGGCAGAAUUCAUGUUCAUGGAUGAGCUAAUGCAUUAAAGACUUAUUAAAGUCACUGUAGUGUGAAGCAGGGUGGAGCUGAAAGUCGUGAAAGCAAAACAAGGACGCUGGAGCAAUUGCUAAUGAUGGAUGAGUGCGAUACAUGGCUCGAAAUCAGCAGAGCUUUUAUUAUGCCAUUAAAACAGUUGAUAUUAAGUCGAUAAAACAGCACUGUUUUGUCAUACCUGAUACAUUUGAGUGUGUUGAAAGUUCUGUUAUAAUGUUACUCUGUGCGUUCGUCAAUUGUCUAAUAAAAUCCAUAACAUAUUGUCUUAAGUGGCUUUGGGGUUUCCAAAAUAAAAACGGAAAAUCGAGGGUGUACGGCGUCAUUGGCAGGCGAUGCAACAACACGGUCUGUUAAAAUUGCUUAUUUAUCUGGAUUUAAACAUUCUUGGAAACAUUUGGGAUAAUGUAAGUACACAAGUCAGAAAAAAAUAUAACACUGUUCUAGUGUUUUUUGGAUAUUUUAAUCAAAACAUCUUACAUAUUGUGCCUUUAAUAAGUGUUACUUCAGCACCAAAUAAGCGCAUUAUAACAAUUUCUGAAAUUCUGUUUUUAAAAUAAAUGAAAACUAUUAAUUACUCACUCUCUUAUAAUUCCAAACCUGUAAGACCUUCGUUCAUCUUUGAAACACAAAUUAAGAAAUUUUUAUGAAAUCCGAGAGCUUUC